CGAAAUGGAUUUGGAUACAGCCCUGGACGAGGCCAAGACUGCGAUCAACCUAUUCUUCAAUAACAAAUUCAACGAAGCCAAAGAAAUGAUGAAACCCUGGGUUGGAACCAGUAUGUAUCACACAAUAGGGAAUUCUGUAUUCGAUUUCUUAGAGGCUGUCCUAACUUUUAACCAG